GAACAGAACUUGGAAUUAUCUCGCAGCAGAGUGCUUCUUUCUCCUCAGUGGGUAGAGAGAGAGAGAGAGAGAAAGUGCCGUUUCUAGUGAGAGAAACGUAGAGCUUUACUCUAUUUGUUUUCCUUCCCUCUUAUGGCUUAAGAUUCUUGUUCAACUAUGGCAAUAAGAAUCAAGCUCCAGGCUCCAAGUUAGAUAACGACCCCAUGGAUUUUUGCGGACGAAAAGUUUCCUCGGAAUUUUUGGCGUCAACUGUAAGUUAUUUUGUUUGAUUAUUUUGCUAGGGUUAGGCGGACGAGAAGGCUUUGAAAUCAAGCAAAGCUAUGCGCAGAGUCACAAACUGGUGAUUUGCCGGAUGUUUUACAAGGAUUAAAUACUGUCCGGUAGAUUGAAAAUUUUCUUUCAUCUGUAUAAGCUUUUUCUGCUCUGAAUGGUUCAUAUAUGUAACCGAGUAUCAAUGGUUACAACAGCUGAGAUUUAGUUUGGUGAUUUUAAGACGUUCUUCUAUUGGAAACCGAGAUAUGUGAAUGAGUGAUAAUCACAGACUCGUCGGAUUGAAGUAAGUAAGCGUUUAAGUAUGAGAAAUUCGGGAAUUAUUUGAGGUUGCAGUAUGAGUUAUAACGAGAAGAAUCGAGGUAGAGAUGGUAGGGAAACCGAGCAGCAGCCAGUUAAGAGGAACUCUGUUGACGCAGAACGGAAAUCGGUCAGCCAAAAUGGAUCCAUUACGGCUCAACAGUUGACGAUUGAUGAGAAUCUUCUUGUCGACCCGAAAUUACUAUUCAUUGGAUCCAAGAUUGGCGAGGGUGCUCAUGGGAAGGUUUAUGAAGGCAGGUAUCGGAACAAAAUCGUUGCCAUUAAAGUUCUCCAUCGAGGGAGUACUCCGGAAGAAAGAGCAGCACUAGAGAACCGUUUUGCUCGUGAAGUUAAUAUGAUGUCCCGGGUAAAACAUGACAAUCUUGUCAAGUUUAUUGGAGCUUGUAAAGAACCACUAAUGGUGAUAGUUACAGAGCUAUUACCAGGAAUGUCACUGAGGAAGUAUCUGAUGAAUAAUCGUAAGCAACGGCUGGAUCCUCGGUUGGCUAUUAACUUUGCUUUGGAUGUUGCUCGUGCUAUGGAUUGUCUACAUGCCAAUGGGAUUAUACAUAGAGAUCUGAAACCCGACAAUUUGUUGCUUACGGCAAACCAAAGGUCUGUGAAGCUUGCAGACUUUGGCCUUGCUAGAGAAGAAUCUGUGACUGAGAUGAUGACUGCAGAAACAGGGACUUACCGCUGGAUGGCUCCUGAGUUGUAUAGCACUGUGACCUUGCGCCAGGGAGAGAAGAAGCAUUACAACAACAAGGUCGAUGUAUACAGCUUUGGAAUUGUCUUAUGGGAACUCUUGACGAAUCGAAUGCCAUUUGAAGGGAUGUCCAAUUUGCAAGCUGCAUAUGCUGCUGCUUUCAAGCAAGAGAGGCCUAGUAUUCCAGGCGACAUACCUCCUGAUCUAGCAUUUAUAGUUCAGUCGUGUUGGGUUGAAGAUCCCAACAUGAGGCCCAGCUUCAGCCAGAUCAUCCGGAUGCUUAAUGAAUAUCUAUUUACACUCCCACCUCCUUUGUUAUCUUCACAAGCAUCUUAUACAACCGAGACAGCAACGACUAGCGACGGUGCUGUAACCGAGUUCUCCGCUCGAGCAAGAGGAAAGUUUGGAUUCCUUCGCCAACUGUUUGCUGCUAAAAAGGCUAAGGGCUCGCAAUAAGGGGUAUAAUUUUUGAAUAGCUUGUUCUCUUUUCCACAUGGAGAAAAAGACAUGCCUGUGGUAGUGUAUCCAUAUGUAUUUUGACUACCCGGAUUCUAGGACUCAAAGACGAUGAUGAAUACAAUGAAGGCUGUGGAAAAGAGAGGAUGUCAAUGGGAGAACCCAUUCACCAAAUAAUUGUUCAACUGAUUUGGGUUGUAAAGCCACAUUGCUAAUUUGCUAAAUAUUAAGGAUAUAUCAUACUCAUGUGUAGAGUAUCU